AUGUCUUUCCCAUUAAUCUGUUUAGGUAACCCGUUGCUCGAUCUCCAGGUCGAUGCUACCAAGUCUUUCUUGGAAAAGUACGACUUAAAAGAUGAUGACGCCAUUCUCGCCAGUGAAAAGCACAUGCCAAUCUACAAAGAAGUCUUGAACAUGGACGGUGUCAAGCUUGUUGCCGGUGGUGCUGCCCAGAACACCGCCAGAGGUGCCCAAUACCUCUUGCCGGCCGACUCUGUUGUCUACUUCGGUUCCGUCGGUAAGGACGAGUACUCCGCUAAGCUCAACGAAGCCAAUGCUAAGUACGGCUUGAGAACCGAGUACCAGUUCCAGGAGAACCAUGCCACUGGCAAGUGUGCUGUUUUGAUCAACGGCCACAACAGAUCUAUGGCGACUGACUUGGCUGCUGCCAAUCACUUCACGCCAGAGCACCUCCAGAUCCCAGCUAACUGGAAACUUGUCGAGAACGGUACCCACUACUACAUCGGUGGGUACCACUUGACCGUGUCCCCACCAGCUAUUAAGCUCCUUGCGGAACACGCCUCUGCCAACAACAAGACUAUCGCCAUGAACCUCUCCGCGCCAUUCAUUCCAGAGUUUUUCAAGGGUGCUUUGGACGAGAUUGUGCCAUACAUCGACUACAUCAUCGCCAAUGAAUCUGAGGCCGCUGCCUACGCCAGCUCCCACGGCUUACCAGAGUCCUCCACCGUUGCCGAAAUCGCUCAGCACAUUGCCAAGCUCGAAAAGGUCAACGCCAAGAGACCAAGAACCGUUGUCUUCACCCAGGGAUUGGACCCAACCAUCACUGCCACCUACGACGCCACUGCCGACAAGUUAGAUGUCAAGGAGUACCAAGUCUACCCCUUGGAGUCUUCCAAGAUUGUCGACACCAACGGUGCCGGUGACGCUUUUGCUGCUGGUUUCAUGGCCGCGUUGGUCGAGGGUAAGAACUUGGCCCAAGCUGUUGAUGUCGGUCAAUGGAUGGCCGCCCUUUCCAUCCAGGAAGUCGGCCCAACCUUCCCAUUCCCAAAGAAGUCCUACGCUUAG